AUGGGAAUCAAAGGCCUCACUUCGCUAUUGAAUGAUGAGGCGCCCGGUGCGAUUAAGCAGCUUGAUAUUAAGACACUUUUUGGGCGAAAAGUAGCGAUUGAUGCGUCCACAAGCCUGUACCAAUUUCUCAUUGCCGUUCGCCAAGCCGACGGCCAGCAGAUGAUGAGCGAAUCUGGCGAGGUGACGAGCCAUUUGCUCGGUUUUUUUUACAGGACAUUGCGCAUGGUAGACUACGGGAUCAAGCCCAUGUACGUAUUUGAUGGGAAACCGCCCGACUUGAAGAAGGACGUGCUGGUGAAGCGGUUUGGCAAGCGCGAAGAAGCGCGCGAGCAGGAGGAAGAGGUAAAAGAUAUCGCAGAUACGCAGGUGCUCGACCAGCUCGCACGGCGCCAAGUGCGUCCGACACGAGAACACAAUGCAGAAGUGCAGAAGCUACUUACUUUAAUGGGCAUUCCAUGGGUCAUUGCUCCGUCGGAGGCCGAGGCACAGUGUGCCGAGCUUGCACGCAGCGGAAAGGUGUAUGCUGCAGGAUCUGAAGAUAUGGACACGCUCACGUUCGGCGCGCCGAUCCUGCUGCGAAAUCUUACAGCCAGCGAGCAAAAAAAGCUACCCGUAACAGAGAUCACGCUUGCCAAGGCCCUGGAGGAAAUGGGCAUGCCGAUGGACAAGUUUGUCGAUUUGUGUCUCUUGCUGGGCUGCGACUACUUGGACCCGAUCCGCGGCGUAGGGCCAAAGAAAGCACUGAAGCUUGUGGAAGAGUUUGGCAGCUUGGACAAGAUCCUUGCACACCUCGAGCAGGUCGAAAAAGAAAAGGAGCUGAAAAAGAAAGCCACCGAGCCCAGGCAGGAACAGCGCGGCUCUGGAGACGAGAGCGACGCAGAAACCGCACCAAAGAAACGUGCAGGCGGUAUUCAAGUACCUGAACUAUGGCCCUACGAAGAGGCGCGCCAACUCUUCCACCGCCCCGACGUGCUGGAGGGUGCAAAGAUUGAGGUGCGUACACUGACCAUCUCACACUAG